CAGAAAAACAACAUAUGUACAUACUUAUAUAUAAAUAUAGUUUAUUUAUUUAUUGACCAUGAAUUUAUAUUACUGAUAUUUUAAAUUCGCAUUGCCAACAUCUUACAUUACAAAUGAAGGGAGCAGAGAGAAGAGAAAGAGAAUGAAAAUUAGUUAUGAAAUACAAAAAUAACUUUACUAAGCCAAGAAAUACGAUGUAGGCAUUUAAAUUUUGAAAUAAGUGAUGAGUGAUACUAUCAAGAGCCAUUUAGUACUAUUACAUAUUAAUGAUUGCAAUUUAUCAAAAAUUGUAGCAGUAUUUAUAUAAUAAUUUAAAUAAAUACUACGAUUAAAAUUUAGUUAGCAUAAUUAAUAGAAUAGGAAAUCUUAUAAUAAAAUCAUGCGUCAAAGGAAGAAUAAAAUGUUAUCGCAGCAGCUUCCUGUGAGGACAUCGCUAUCAAUGAAGUACGUUGCUACUCUGUAUAAACAUGCGGUUGGCCCACUUUCCUGUUGCAAAGUGCAAAGCAUCGUUUCUCAGUAUUAAAAAGAAAAUGAAAAUAAAUAAUACUGAAAAAAGUUGUGGUGGUCGCGAAAUCCCCACAGUAAAUUCUGGAACUCAAAGAUCGUCGCAGUCUAAUUUUAAGCCAAGUCUGUAUUAUAAACAUUUGGGUACACGUGAAAGAAGACGCGGGAUUAAUCAGACGUUUACGAUUUCUUGUAGUAUUCAUAUCGCAAGUCGUUUAACAUUGUAUGAGCAUUAUAGAAAAGAAUUUACGAAUCGUAAUUACAAUGUAUAGAUAUUUCAAGUAUCCGGAAAAUAUUUGUCUUUGUGAUUCAUAUUUUCAAUGUUAAGUAUAAAAAAAAAAAAUAAAUAAAUAAAGAAAAAACGAUUUAGUUUUAAGUUAGUGUAGAAAUAAAUGUAAACUAUUUAUUAAAGUCUAUGAGUUAAAUUUAAUGAAUAGAAGAUAAUCCAAUAAAUUAAUACUGGUGAUUAAAUCAGUAAAUUAAUAAAUACUUAAUACUUGUGACUGAGUCAUUACUGGUGUAUGUAUAUGUGAUUUAAGUAUUUAAGUAAAAUAAAAUUGUUAAUAAUGUUUCCACGUCAUACGAAGCCAUCGGGUAAUAUUUUAAAUCGGAAUGGUGAGGAUACUAAUUUUCAAGACAAUAUCCACAUGUCAACACUCACAGUUGGAUAUCAGAACGAACGCACUAAUAUAUGGAUGGACGAUAAGGAUCAUGCCAGUAGUAUAUCAUCUGAAGGAUCGUCAACAGCUUUUCUUUGUACGAAAACUGCAAUAACGAUGCAACAGCAUCCCUGGGAUAAGGCAGAAAUAACACUAGCUCUUUCAGCUCUUCCUGCUGGGGACACUGCGUUGGCUCUUAUUCCCACACUUCAGGGCGACGUUCUUGAGAAAACGCUUGAAGAAUUAAAAAGUACAAGUUCAAUUAAAUCUAUACAACAAACUUUAGUAAUUUCAAAUUUCGCCAAUGGUGGUGCCAGAAAGUCAUCACAUGAUGCGCAAAAUGAAGCAGCAGCAUCUUCAACCUCGGUAUCAGUUCUUGUUAAAUGGCCAGAGACUUGUCUUCUUGUUGCUUGUUGGCUAGGACAAGUUGAAGUAGUAAAAGUGCUUCUUCAAAGAUGCUCCAAUAUCUCUGUACGAGAUGGUCAUGGAAGGACUCCAUUGCAUUUGGCAGCAUGUGCGGGCCACGUUGAAAUAAUAGAAAUACUAUUAAAACAUGGCGCUAAUCCAAAUGAUUGGGAUUUUAGUAAAGAAUACACUGCACUACAUUGUGCCGCAGCGAUUGGUAAUUUUUCUUCAGUUGACUAUUUAAUUAAAUCUGGAGCAAACGUUGAUGCUGGUCUUCCUGGACGUACUCCGUUACAUUAUGCAGUAUUGAGUAAUGCUUCUAAAUGCGUAGAAGCUCUUUUAAAAGCUAAAGCUUCUCCAAAUAAUCCUCAAGUAUAUACUGAAACUCCGUUGCAUGUCGCUGCUAGUUUAGGUUCUGAUUGUAAUGUAAGUCUGCUUUUACAUUACGGAGCUGACGUACGAGUUCAAUCGGGCACUGCACGAUUAACGCCACUUCAUUUAGCUGCUGAAGAAGGUAGCAGUGAAUGUGUCAAGCUUUUACUCAAAGCUGGAGCUCCAAUAAAUGCUAAAAAUUCACGAGGACAGACUGCAUUACAUCUUGCGGCUUUAACGCAAUCUUCAGAUACUAUGGAAGUUUUAAUUGCCGCUGGAGCUGACGUUAAUGCUGAAGAUGAUGAUGGCAGGACACCUCUUCAUACUGCUGUAGCUAAAAGUCUCCGUGGAAGUGAAUUAGUUAGAAUAUUAAUACAGGCUGGAUCUUAUGUAAACAAACCAGAUAAAUUUGGCUACACACCUCUCCACAUUGCAGCACUUAAUGAAAGUUCCUUUAUCGUUACUCUAUUGCUGGCAAAAGGAGCUGACGUGACUGCGCGAACGAAAGGUGGAAUUUCUGCCCUCAGUUUUAUUAUUCGACGUACACCAGACGUACUGCCAAGAUUUGUUUCACGUAUGGAUCAAGCGAUAUCUCUACAUGACCAUGAACUAGGUGACGUUGAUUGUGAGCUGCGUUUAGACUUUCGUUUCUUAGUACCAGGUGGACGAGGUGAAACUGAUUUAAUGCUCUGUCUUGUUGAAGGCGGCCAAAGACAUAUUCUCAAACACCCUCUAUGCGAAAGUUUUCUCUACUUAAAAUGGCUAAGAAUACGUAAAUUUUUUUUAUUCAGUUUGAUAUUCCACGCAAUAUUUGUUGCAAUAUUUACUGCAUAUGUGGUAGCAGCAUUUUUAUAUGAAUUGCGUACAAUCGUAGAGAUACUUUUCUGGCCUAUUAUAAUUUUUACAAUUAUUUUAGCGAGUAAAGAAGUUUUUCAGUUAGUCCAUGGUAUCUGUAUGUAUAUAAAAAGAUGGGAAAACUGGUUACAGUGGGGAGUAAUUGCGUCUUCUGGUGCAAUUGUAAUAAAACCAGCUGACUUCUGGCAACAUCAUGUAGCUGCACUAGGGAUUCUUUUAGUCUGGAUCGAACUUAUGAUAGUCGUCGGAAGAUUUCCCAUGUUUGGUUUAUACGUUCAGAUGUUUACCCAAGUAGCAAUAAACUUUUUCAAAUUUCUCGGAGCAUAUUUAUGUUUAAUAAUUGGUUUUGCACUUGGAUUUAGUGUUCUGCACAAAAAUUACAAAUCAUUUAAAAAUCCACUCAUGAGUCUGCUAAAGACAAUCAUCAUGAUGUCAGGAGAACUGGAAUUCGAAGACGUUUUCUUUGAUCCAGAUGCACCAAUGCAGUAUCCAGGAACAUCUCACCUUAUGUUAUUAGCUUUUGUUGUACUGGUUACAAUUAUUUUAACAAAUUUAAUGGUAGGUCUUGCAGUGUCAGACAUCCAAGAACUUCGUCGUUGUGCUGGUCUUGAUCGACUUGUACGUCGCGCUGAACUUGUAGCCCAUUUAGAAAGUCUAAUGUUUUCAAAAUUUCUCGACCAUUGUCCUCAAAGAAUUGUUAAACCCUGUAGAAAAGGCGCGCUGCUUCUUCAUCCACCUCAUCAUUGCGCAAUACAUAUUAGACCAAAUGAUCCUCGUGAAACACGUCUACCUAAAGAUUUAAUUAAGUCUAUCUACCGACUAGUUUCCGAAAGAAAAGUUCGUGUACAUAAUACUAUACAUAGUCCAUCAUCCAGAAACAAUAAUACCGAUACUGAAGACAACAGAGUUUCUAGAUUGUACAGUAUUAAUUCAACUAAUGAUUCAGCUAGUAGACAACUGUUAGAAUUAUUUUCUGAACUUAAGAGAUACUCCCAUGACAUAAGCAUGCGUUUAGAUGCUUUAACAAAUCGAAUUGAUAUAAUAGCGCGAGAAUUUGAUCAUCAAGAUCAAUUAUAAAAUAACAAUUUAAAUAAUUUUUUAUGUAUUUUAUGUAUAGUAAAAAUUAUAUGUAAAAUAAAUAAAAUAUUUGUAAUUUUUUAAG